GUUUCCGAUUCGAAGCCCUAGCUUUCUCCGUUCCCCCCUCCCACCCGAUCGAGCUUUCCGGUGACGAGAGUUGGCCUUUUUUUGGAAGGAGCGGAUGAUCGUGAGCCAGAAGAUGGUCACGGUGGAGGCGGAGGUCGUUUGCCCGCCGAGCUUGCAGGCGUCUCCCGCCGCCUCGAUUCAUUGCCCGGCGAUGUUCCGGGACGCCGCCGCCCCCGCCACCGCCCCACAACGCGUCGUCCCCGAGCCGCCGGCCGCUGCCGCGGGCGUCUCCCGCAUCGAUUCGGUUGUCAACUGCCUCGAGACUGCAAAUGCUGCUGCUGCUGUGUCUGAUGCCAUUAAAUUUUUUCCAAGGAUUCGUUCUGGUAGCUACGCUGACAUGGGCUCUCGGAUUUCCAUGGAAGAUGAACACAUCAGGGUUGAUGAUCUGUCUGCCCAUUUGGGUUCUGAAUUAUGCACACCAAGUGCCUUUUAUGCAGUUUUCGAUGGCCAUGGAGGCCCUGAGGCAGCUGCAUACAUCAAGAGCAAUGCAAUGAAGUUAUUCUUUGAAGAUACUGUUUUACCAGAGACAUCCGCAAUUGAUGAUAUCUUCUUGAAAGAGCUGGAGAGCUAUCAUCGUAAAUCUUUUCUUCUAGCAGACCUGGCCUUGGCAGGUGAUUGCAGUGUGAGCAACUCAUGUGGAACAACGGCACUGACCGCUUUGAUACUAGGGAGACAUUUGCUGGUAGCCAAUGUUGGCGAUUGUCGAGCCGUUUUGUGUAGGAAAGGAGUUGCAGUUGAGAUGUCCCAAGAUCAUAGGCCGUCCUUUUUACCUGAGCGAAGACGUGUGGAGAAACUGGGUGGUUAUUUCAAUGAUGGAUAUCUAAACGGCUGCCUAUCUGUUACCCGUGCUCUUGGGGAUUGGGACUUGAAGCUUCCUCUGGGGUCUGCUUCGCCGCUAAUCGCUGAUCCUGAUGUCCAACAAGUUAUCUUGACAGAGGAUGAUGAGUUCUUGAUAAUCGGUUGCGACGGAAUUUGGGACGUGAUGACAAGUCAGUACGCGGUUAGUCUAGUCAGGCAAGGGCUUAGACGGCACAGUGACCCGCAUCAAUGUGCCAGAGAACUGGUCAUGGAAGCAUUGCGCCUUAAUACUACUGACAACCUCACGGUGAUAGUGAUAUGCCUCAGCUCCCCUGAUCGGCCCGAGUCAUGCCCAUCCCAGAGGCGAAGACUGAGAUGCUGCGGUCUCUCUGAGGAGGCAAGGAACAGGUUGAAGAGCUUGCUGGAAGGAAAUUGAGUGCAUUUUAUUGUAAAUACCAUUAUUUUUCACAGCACAUCGUUAUGGAGGAUGAUUUUAUCUGUUUGUGGCUGUUUCAGAUGAUUUAGAAGAGAAAAAGAAAAAACAGCCAGCAGUUUUGUAGUUUGUUGGAGUGUAUUGUUCGGAACUUUUACCGUUCGGAGAUAUUUGUCCCGUCAUUUGUAAAGAUUUGUGAGAUGAUAUGUUAAAUCGAUCUAGAAACUCCAUGGACGAGUGAUGCUGUGCUCCAUUUUAUUAUAGAUUGCAGUUCUUAGUAAAACAUUGACAGUCCGAAUUGCUGAAAGCCUUCUCUGUUUUCCUUGCAAAUUCAUGUGCAAAUGGGAAUGUGCUCUUUGAGGGUUUGAUUUGUUUCA